AUGGCCAGCGCGUCGCAGUGCCUGGAGGAGGGCGCCGGGCGGCGGCCGCCGCGCUCGCCCGAGCCGUACAGCGAGGCGCAGCGGCUGGCGCUGGAGGAGCUGGUGGCGGGCGGCCCCGCGGCGCUGCGCGCCUUCCUGCGGCGGGAGCGGCUGCCGCCGUUCCUGUCGGAGCCCGAGGUGCAGGCGAUCGCGCGCGGCGCCGUGCCGCCCGCCGCCGCCGAGGAGGGCGCGGGCGAGGCGUCGCUGGACGCCUCAUCGCUCACCUACUUCCCCGAGCGCUCGGACGCGGAGCCGCCGGCGCUGGAGCUGGGCUGGCCGGGCUUCGCCAGCGGCGCCUUCCGCGGGCUCACGCGGGUCGAGGCGCACUUCCAGCCGGGCUGCGGCGAGCGCCGCUACGGCUGCAAGGAGGCGGUGCGGCGGCAGAUCCGCUCCGCCCGCGAGGUAAUUGCACUUGUGAUGGAUUCCUUCACAGAUAUUGAUAUCUUUGGUGACCUCCAGGAAGCCUAUAACAACCGUAAAGUCCCAGUCUAUAUCCUUCUUGACCAAGAGUUUCUACCCCAUUUCUUGGAAAUGUGUAAGAAUUUAGGAGUUUGUCCUGAGCAGGAAAGUAUGCUGAGAGUUCGAACUCUCACUGGGAACACAUACUACACGAGGUCAGGUGCCAAAAUUAUUGGGAAAGUCCAUGAGAAGUUCAUGUUAAUCGAUGGCAUUAGAGUGACAACAGGCUCCUACAGUUUCACAUGGACUGAUGGGAAACUGAACAGCAGUAACUUGCUGCUACUGUCAGGUCAAGUGGUUGAACAUUUUGAUCUUCAGUUUAGAAUUCUUUAUGCCCAGUCGAAGCCUAUCAGCCCUAAGUGGCCGUCAAGCUGCAGGAACAGUGGAAUAUUUGAUCACCUAGUGAACAAAACAGAGUUGGCAAAAGAGUACAGUAUGGAAAGCAGUCUGAGAGCAGAAUUUGCCAGACUGUCUAGUACUCCAAAGAAACUGUUGAGAGAAAUAGAUCUGGCUGAAGGCACUCCUGGAGGCAAACCUUAUAACCUCGGACAUUCCUGCAUUGCUGAAGAGGAAUGGUUCAGUGAUCAAGAAGCCGUAGUGGAACAGAAGAGCAUAUCAACUCAAACUGGUCCAUGGGAAGAGAAGCCUGUGACUGUGUGUGAUGCUGUCACACAGACCAAUGUUGCAACGGUAGAAACCGGCGUUCAGGCUUCUGUUGCUGCUAAAAUAACAGGCACGCAAACUUCAGUUCUGUUGAAGACUGCGGUAACGCAGACAAAGGAAGGUGAGUGUGCAGAAACACCCCUGCUUCACAGACAGCAGUCAAAAGAAGGAUACUCUGUACUUGGGAAGUCCGUAUCAAAUUCUAGUCUGCGAUCACUGUCUUCAUCAUCAUCCCAGUGCUCUCUAGCAAGCUCUACCGGUUCACUAUCUUCUCUUCGGUCCAUUGAGUAUUCUACCAGUCACAGGGCAGAAUAUUUCCAAAAACUACAUAAAGAGAGGCAAUUUCACUACUCUACUAUCAGAUCGAAGCUUAGCCACAUGGUGGAUAUCCUGUCCCGGAGGGGACGAGUGCCUGAAAACUACAUGAGUCAAUACACUGGUAGAUGCACUCUAAAACAGAGGCGUGACCUCAGUGCCAGCCUACGUAGCCUCCGAGAUGUUUCACUCUUCUCUCUGAAUAAAUGACAAUUGCUCAGCUGAAUGUGGAGCACAAAAACUGUGGUCUUUUUAGUGCAGUCACUUUAUACCUGCUGCUUCUUAAUUCUUCUAGUAUUUUUACUUUCAUUGAUAUAUAUAUACAUGAGUAUCACUUUUCAGCACUUCCGUUUUAUACUAUGCAAUUUAAGCACUAAAAAAGUUGUUUUUUUUUCUGUACCAUAAGUGCUUACAUGUUCCUCUUGUAUGCAUGAUGUGGUAGGCAUUAAUUUUAAUUCUGGAUAUUUAACCCAAAAAGUAGACUUAUUAAUGGUUUAUAGGAUUGCUAAUGCUCUGGCUUUAAGUUUUCUAAACACAGAAAAAUCUGAGACGGAUCUUGCUCAGAGUGGUUUUGGAUAUUUGAUUUAUAUCAAUGUGUACUCAUUUCUUUUUAUUACUGGAUUUUAUUUCUACUUUAUCUUUGGCAUGAGGGGAAAUAACCUUAUUAGAAUAAAAUUGGCUUUGCAAAUCUUUGUCUGAUUUCAGAGAAAAAUUAAAUGCAUUACUCUUCCACCAAGUGCAGGCUCUGUUUGAACAAUUGGAGGCUGUUAUGCUCAAGUAUAUCCUUUUCCAUUGCUUAAGCCUUCUGAAAUGUUCUAAAUAGCACUGAGCUAACCAGCUCUCUAGUUAGCCAUUCGUGUGUGUGUGUGCGCGCGCGCUUGAUGGAUUGCUUUCUUGAGCUGUAUGUGAGUCCUCUGAGAUCUAGCCUGUGCUGAUACUCCGUAGACCUACAGUCCAGUGUCGUAGUGGCUGACAAGCCCUUGAAGCUGCCAAAUCAGAUCAGAGCCUGGGCAGUGA